AUGGUAACAGUCAACACAAUUCAAGAGCUUCGCAGUUUGGAGCUUGGCAGCUUGGUUAAGACCACUUUUCAGAAAGCUUUGCAGAAUGGACAAUUGGUUUUUUCGCCAAGCAAACACGAACAUUACACUGACCCUCAGACAGGGAUGGAGUGCGAGUUGAUAGUGGUUGAGGGGCUUCGCAAACGCCCUAUUAACAGACCCACGCAGCCCGGGUCAGAUGAGAUGAUCUCCAGCGACAAAAUUGAGCAAGUGAAAGCCAAAAAUCCGUUUAUGAAACCAGAGCCAGAACUGACGCUGAUCGAUACGUUGUUGCACGACUACAGGCUCAUCUUGAACAAGUUCCCCAACACGGAGGAGCAUUUUUUGAUGGUCACGAAAGAGUUCAUUCAGCAGGACACGCUAUUGCAGCCGUUGGAAUUGGAGCUGAUGCUCACCAUUUUGAGGAAGCUGAACGACUCAGAUAACAAGUUCUUUGCAUUCUUUAACUCGGGACCUGAGUCAGGAUACUCACAGUUCCACAAACACAUUCAAUUCAUGAAACUGCCAUCCGGUUUCCAUGUCUAUCAAAACUCGCUGGUUGAGAAUAGCGACUUCUACAUCCCCACAGAGACGUCAGAAUCUAAGAAGCCGCUUGUGAACAAAAAUCUGACGUUCAAGCACUUUGUACUCAAAUUGCCAAAGACGUUUGCAUCGGAGGAGGAGCAGCAGUCCACACUUGCUCUAAUGUACAUGUAUUUAUUCAAGCGCGUUUUGAACGUUUUUAAAGAGUACGGGGUGGAUUCAAGCAAGUUGAGCUAUAACUUCCUAAUGAUGGAAAACUGGAUGAUGAUUAUACCUAGACGCAAUGCCUUUUUUGACGGCAUCUGGCAAAACAGUCUUGGAUUUAUGGGUCUUUUUACCACCAAGGACGAAACGGUUAAAUCUAAAAUUCUUCAGCACGGAGCUGGGACCAUUCUGCGCGAAUGCGGUUUCGAACUGGAUCCGACUGACGACAACCAUAAAUACGAUGAGUAUGGUUACUAG